AUGUGCACCGCCGAGGAAUGGGGUCCGCGCCUAUUCGGCUGCGUUCUCAACCUAUGGCUUCUGCCGCUCGUCUGCGGUGUUGGCUUGAUCCUCAACAUUGGGUGCCUCAUCGUGUUCUUCAAAACCAGAGGCCAUCCAUUGGUUUCGGCUUUGAUUUUUCUGUCCUGCUGCGAUUGCCUUCAACUGUUCUUCUCAUUCUUGGUCCUAUUUAUUCCGGCGCUUCAUGAUUUUUCUCAGUUGACCCCAUAUUCAACAUUGGGUCAGCUCGCUUACCUGUCAACUGGCCUGCUCUCACCACUCCUUCUCACAGUGAACUGCGCGAGUAUUUGGACAAUUUGCUUCAUAUCUUUUCAAAGGCAUCGAGCAAUUCUCCGCCCAUUAUCCAACAUGCAUUCGCCGUCAAAACCAUUCAAACCAUUAUUUUUCAUCGCUUUUCUCGCGUUUAUGUUCAACGCGUGCAAAUGGGCCGAGUUUCGUUGGUUCUGGGUUCAAGAUAAUGCCGAAAACGGCACCGGCAAUUAUUGGCUUUUGGCUCAUGAGCCGUCGGAAUUGGCAAAAAAUGAGAAUUAUCAUCGAGUGAUGGACAACCUUCUCUACCCAUUAAUCGUCUAUUUAAUCCCACUACUCCUUCUUUCGAUUCUCAAUUUUCGAAUUCUCACAAACAUUGCUCAUCGACGGGUUUCAGCGGACCAUAAAUCGCGUCUCGCUCAGGAACGCCGCUCGGUCACACUUCUCAUCUCAAUCGUCACCAUGUUUUUCCUCUGCCAUACCGGCGGUCUUGCGUGGAGAUUCCUGAGCCAGGAGCGCCACAGCAACUCGGAACUCUACGUGUUUCUCAAGGACGUCGUCAAUCUGCUAUUCAACGUUUACUCAUUCGCUAAUCCAUUGCUAUAUUUCGUGUUCACCCGCCAAUUCCGCGAUCUACGCACAAUCUGGCAUUCUCAUUUCACUUCUCCAUCGUCACGUUCGGAAUCCUACGCUGGGUUCUCCUUCAUGAAACGCCGCCACAUUUCAAUUCCAUCCAUCUACCGUUCAUCGGGUCCCGAAGGGAAGCUGCUCUCCUAA